CCCUGCCCACUACCCAGCAUGCCAGUCGGUGCGCACUGAUCCACUGAUACUGUCGGUAAUAUGGCGGCCGUCAGUAAGUACCUGACAGCUAAAAACUCUUCGAUAGCUGGCGGAGUCCUUCUCGUUUUAUACAUCCUGAAGCAAAGAAGAAGAGGAGGAGGCAAGUCAAGCGGCAAAAAAGGACGCUCAGAACUGGUGUUGAGCAAUGAAGACAAAGCAGCCAAGAAAGACCGGGCGGCGGUGGACCAUGUCUUCUUCCUCAGAAUCAGUAAGAUCAUCCGGAUCAUGGUGCCUCGCUGGUUCUGCAAAGAGACAGGAUACCUUGUCCUCAUAGCUGCCAUGUUGGUGACCAGGACAUAUUGUGAUGUCUGGAUGAUCCAGAAUGGAACCAUGAUUGAAAGCGCAAUUAUCGGUCGUUCCAACACCGAUUUCAAGAACUACUUGUUCAACUUUUGCAAAGUGAUGCCACUUAUCGCAUUGGUGAAUAACUUCUUGAAGCUGGGUCUGAAUGAGCUGAAGCUAAGGUUCAGAGUGAGGCUAACCAAACACCUCUACGACGAGUACCUCAAAGGAUACACGUACUACAAAAUGGGCAACCUGGAUAACCGUAUCGCUAACGCUGACCAGCUGCUGACUCAGGAUGUAGAGAGGUUCUGUAACAGCGUGGUGGACCUCUACUCCAACCUCAGCAAGCCUCUCUUGGACAUUGGACUGUACAUCUUCAAGCUGACGUCUGCCAUCGGUGCCCAGGGCCCAGCGAGUAUGAUGACCUACCUGCUGGUCUCAGGCCUGUUCCUGACCAGACUACGACGGCCCAUCGGUAAGAUGACGGUGACAGAGCAGCGCUACGAGGGAGAGUACCGAUAUGUCAACUCGCGACUCAUCACCAACAGUGAGGAGAUUGCCUUCUACAACGGGAACAUGAGAGAGAAACAGACGAUUCACUCGACAUUUAAGAAACUGGUCGACCAUUUGCACAAGUUUAUCUUCUUCCGUUUCUCAAUGGGCUUCGUGGACAGCCUGAAAUCGCAAAACAUAGCCACUGUGGUGGGCUACCUGGUGGUGAGUCGGCCCUUCCUCAACCUAGCCGACCCCCGCCACAUGAACAGCAGCCAACCUGAGUUGCUGGAGGACUAUUACCAGAGUGGCAGGAUGCUACUGAGGAUGUCCCAGGCUCUGGGAAGGAUCGUAUUGGCUGGUAGAGAGAUGACCAGGCUCUCUGGGUUCACCAUGCGUAUCACUGAGCUCAUGAAGGUCCUGAAGGAACUGAACUCUGGGAAGUACGAGCGCACCAUGGUCUCUCAUCAGGACAAGGAAUCAGAAGCCGUAGAAAGAGUCCCCCUUGUCCCGGGCAGCGGACGGAUCAUCAACGUUGACCACAUCAUCAAGUUUGAACACACACCACUGGCAACACCCAACGGAGAUAUCCUGAUCAAGGACCUGACCUUUGAAGUGAGGUCUGGUACCAACGUGUUAGUGUGUGGGCCCAAUGGCUGUGGCAAGAGUUCACUCUUCAGAGUCCUGGGAGAGCUCUGGCCUCUGUUCGGAGGACAGCUGACCAAGCCUGAGAGAGGGAAGCUCUUCUAUGUUCCUCAGAGACCGUAUAUGACCCUUGGCAGCCUGAGGGAUCAGGUGAUUUACCCUGACACCUAUGAGGAACAGAAGAGAAAAGGAAUCGCUGACCAGGUGUUGAAGGAGUACCUGGACAAUGUCCAGCUGGGUCACAUCCUGGACAGGGAGGGGACCUGGGACACCGUACAGGACUGGAUGGACGUCCUCAGUGGAGGAGAGAAGCAAAGGAUGGCGAUGGCUCGGUUGUUCUACCACAAGCCCCAGUUUGCCAUCCUGGAUGAGUGCACCAGUGCUGUGAGCGUUGAUGUGGAGGACUUCAUCUACAGCCACUGCAGAACGGUUGGCAUCAGUCUGUUCACCGUCUCUCACAGGAAGUCUUUGUGGAAACAUCACGAGUACUACCUUCACAUGGACGGGAGAGGGAACUAUGACUUCAAACCCAUCACUGAGGAGACCAUUGAGUUUGGCUCCUAGACAAACACAACACACACACACACACACACACACACACCAUAAGUUGGCCUAGAAAAAGUUGCUCACUAAUUCUGCACUUAAAACCAAGUUUUUGAAGUAACCCUGUUUUUUUUUUUUUUUUUUUUGACAAAUCCAUAUUUAAAAGCAUCUUGUUAGUCACGUGAUUGUAUAUAACUUGUAAUUUAUGGUCCAAAUUGGUCCAAACUCAUGCAGAUUACGGAAUGGGCGAAUGUUUGUGUUAUACAACUGUGAACUGAAUCAUGCUUCGUAAUAAUUAAGAGGAGUUAGCCCCUACAGAGGACUCUAAUCUGAUGAAUUAACACAGGGAGGUAGAGACCCAGGUGAUUGUUUUAGUGGUCUUUUAGACAAGUCACUGAGGGCAGGUAAUAUACUGCUAUCUUGUCUUUUUUUUAAAGGUAUAUGUAUAAUAUGCAAAUGAAGCUGCUUGUUUCCUCUGCUGGGGUGAAAUCCUUCCAUGUGCUUUUCUAGCCUGGUCCCUGAUGUUUGUACUGUCUGGGACCAGGCUAGUCCAUCUAGGCCUUUCCUAGCCUGUUCGCUGAUAUGUUUGUACUGUCUAGGACCAGGCUAGUCCAUCUAGGUCAUUCCUAGCCUGGUCGCUGAUGUUUGUACUGUCUGGGACCAGGCUCGUCCUAUGCCUUUUCGUAUAGUGGUCCCUGAUGUUUGUACUGUCUGGGACCAGGCUAGUCCAUCUAGGCCUUUCCUAGCCUGUUCGCUGAUAUGUUUGUACUGUCUAGGACCAGGCUAGUCCAUCUAGGUCAUUCCUAGCCUGGUCGCUGAUGUUUGUACUGUCUGGGACCAGGCUCGUCCUAUGCCUUUUCGUAUAGUGGUCCCUGAUGUUUGUACUGUCUGGGACCAGGCUAGUCCAUCUAGGCCUUUCCUAGCCUGGUCGCUGGUAUGUUUGUACUGUCUAGGACCAGGCUAGUCCAUCUAGCCUUUCCUAGCCUGGUCGCUGAUAUGUUUGUACUGUCUAGGACCUGGCUAGUCCAUCUAGGCCUUUCCUAGCCUGGUCCCUGAUGAUUGUACUGUCUGGGACCAGGCUAGUCCUAUGCCUUUUCGUAUAGUGGUCCCUGAUGAUUGUACUGUCUGGGACCAGGCUAGUCCAUCUAGGCCUUUUGUAUCCUGGUCCCUGAUAUGUUUGUACUGUCUAGGACCAGGCUAGUCCUCCUAGGCCUUGGGUUAUGAAGCCUGACCUGCUGUAGAGUAAAGAGGAAGUGUUGCCUGAAGCUGGAGAAUCCCUGUCCCCAGGUGCUUCCUCUGUAGCCUUUUCUCAGUUUUGUCUUUCAGCGUGUUCUCACCUCCCUCUGAAAACGCAUUGAAAGAGAAGGUCUGAGAGGAGCCUUGGGUUUUCUCCAAUGUAGUUUGAGAAAGAGAUGAGGAAAGGGCCGACGAGAGGAGCCCGGUGUGUGUGUUCGAGGAAGGCUCUGAAUCACUCACAUUUACAAAUCAUCUAUCACAAAUACGUUUCUGCACAGCACUCGGUUGAAUCCCCUGGACCAGGUUUUCUGUCUCCUGUCUUUUUAAGCAUUUCCGUACAUAAUCAGUCAUUCUCUCCAGCUGCUUGUAGCAGUAUGUGGACUUGGCACUAGAUGACAAAUCGACUGAUCUAUGAGAAUUGUGUGACAUGUGUUCUUCCUUGGAUCAGAGUGGUGCAGUUGAUCUGCAGAAACCCAGAAGGAUUCCUCCCCUACCACAACAGUAACUACUACUAUAAUAUACUGACUGAAGCAAUGGUGUUAGUCUGUUUUUUUUGUGAACUGUUAAAAGAAACAGGCUCUGUAGAACUCAUGGUUAUAUGGGAGAGAGACUGUGUAAUAUAGUGAUUUGACUCUUAAAAAAAAGUGCAUGCACCUGCAAUAAACUGUAUCAACAAUGCAUUUUCAUUAAAACAGAGACUGGA